CCAGGCCAAGGUGUCGCGGCUGCUCCCGGGCGCCCCCUGGCCCGGCUUGGGCGCCCGAGGUUUCCGGUGCACGGCCGCCGGCGGUGACGCCUUGCUGCUCGGGAGCAGCCGCCGCUUCUCCACAAACCAGCUGCAGGUGGGCCGCUCCGUUCUCGCCUGCUCCCCACCCCCGUCUGCACCCCCUUGGGCUCACAGCCGGAUACUGGGGCCUCGAUCCGGGUCCGCGGCCUUCAGCUCGUCCCCCGGAGCCUGCUGGUGGCCGCGGGCAAGGGCGAUGCCUGGCCAGGCCUGUCCUGUUGCUCAGAUUCCCCAAGCUGGGGCGGAGUCACUCUCCAGAUCUUCUCCGCACACCUGGAUUCCGAGCGCCUGCCGGGACAGCAGCCCUGGCUAGGGCUGGCUGCUGCGGGCCACGAGAGACUGACCCCUCUACACCAGGGAGGAGGUGACUUUCCGAAGACAGCCAGCCCGGGAUAGCCACCUCGGCGCCUCAGGCAGCCAAGCCCUGUCUGAGCACUCUGCUCACCUGCCUUGGGACUUUAGUCUCUGAGUCCACUGUCGGCUCUGUUGCAGAGCAUUGCCCAAAGCCACUCACGUGGUCGUCCCUGGUGACCCCAGGUCUCAUCUUUCACGGCGUUCAGAUUUUUACCUUUUUCCUCCUCCUCUUUUAGGCCUGUGGAAAUCCAAUCAAGCCAUACACGGGUGGAGCGUGCGUGGCCGUUUUGUGCAAAAGGACGCAGUAGCCCAACCUACUAAAGUUUUCAUUUGCUGGAACUGGACAUCCACCCAUCCCUGCCAAGUGUUGGGAGAAGACUCAACUCCAGGAAGGCUUUCUGCCAGGGCCUGAGGUUAUACUUUCAUGCCCCACAGCCACCAUCAUCCAGCAUAUGCAAGUGGGUUUUAAGUUAUCCAGGACAUCAACAGCUUCUGGGUGAUUCCAAGGAUUAAAGAGUCUGCAGGCUGCUAUGUUAAUGCUGCUUGUCUUUGGAGUAUUGCUUCAUGAAGUCCCACUGAGUGGCCAAGAUGAGGCUCAUUCUGAGACUGAUAGUGUGCCAGGCAAAGCCCUGUAUGACUACUCCAGCCUCCGCCUCCCAGAGAAACACAUUCCCUUCUUCUUGCACAAUAACAGGCAUAUUGCCUCUGUCUGCAAAGAGGAUCCCCACUGUCCAUAUAAGAAACAUCUGGAAAAUCUAAAUUACUGCUGGGGUUAUGAGAAAUCCUGCAAACCAGAGUUUAGAUUUGGUUACCCUGUUUGCAGCUAUGUGGACAUGGGAUGGACAGAUACUCUGGAGUCGGCUGAGGACUUGUUCUGGAAGCAAGCUGACUUUGGAUAUGCCCGGGAGCGGCUGGAGGAGAUACAUGUGCUCUGUCAGCCAGAGAGAACUGUGAGUGUCCAGCUGCUUAAUAGAUUCAAGGAAGAUUUUCUUCAGGGUGGUGAAGUUGGUGGACACUGUAAACUGGACAGUCAUGCGUUGAUGUCGGAAGGGCAGCGCAAAAGCCCCCUGCAGUCUUGGUUUGCUGAACUGCAAGGCUACACCCAGCUCAAUUUCAGGCCUAUAGAAGAUGCUAAGUGUGACAUCGUUGUUGAAAAACCAACAUAUUUCAUGAAAUUAGAUGCAGGUGUUAACAUGUAUCACCACUUCUGUGAUUUCCUCAAUCUCUACAUCACCCAGCACGUUAACAAUUCCUUCAGUACAGACGUGUAUAUCGUGAUGUGGGACACCAGCUCUUAUGGAUAUGGUGACCUGUUCUCCGAUACCUGGAAAGCAUUUACUGAUUAUGACGUCAUACAUUUGAAAGCCUAUGAUUCCAAAAAGGUGUGCUUUAAAGAAGCCGUGUUUUCAUUGCUGCCCCGCAUGCGGUAUGGCCUGUUUUAUAACACGCCUCUGAUCUCUGGCUGUCAGAAUACUGGGUUAUUCAAGGCCUUCUCUGAGCAUGUGCUGCAUAGGCUGAACAUCACUCAGGAGGGACCCAAGGAUGGGAAAGUUCGAGUUACCGUUCUUGCACGCAGCACAGAAUACCGGAAAAUACUGAACCAAAAUGAGCUGGUAAAUGCACUGAAAACAGUAUCCACAUUUGAAGUCCAGAUUGUUGAUUACAAAUACAGAGAACUUGCGUUUUUAGAUCAGCUGAGGAUCACACACAACACGGACAUAUUUAUUGGCAUGCACGGAGCUGGCCUCACCCACUUACUUUUCCUUCCAGACUGGGCUGCUGUAUUCGAGCUGUACAACUGUGAAGAUGAGCGCUGUUACUUAGACCUGGCCAGGCUCAGAGGCGUCCACUACAUCACCUGGCGGAAGCCCAGCAAAGUGUUUCCUCAAGAUAAGGGGCACCAUCCAACUCUGGGCGAACACCCCAAAUUUACCAACUACUCUUUUGAUGUAGAAGAAUUCAUGUACCUUGUCCUUCAGGCUGCAGAGCAUGUACUGCGCCAUCCACAGUGGCCAUUUAAGAAGAAACAUGAUGAACUCUAGAAAUGUUGUCUGUUUACAAGAAGAGAGCGUUUAAGCACUCUCACAUCCAGACUCACAGUCAAAGGAGCAAAACAGCCUGCCAUAGCCUCCUGUAAGAUGAACUGUGACUUUUGACUUUCGACUACAGCUCAGGAUAGCCUUGAACUAACGAUCCUCUGAGCCUCCUGAGUGCUCAGAUUACAGGUGUGUACCACCGUGCCUGUCUACAAAAUUACUUUUUCUACAUGAAAACAUACGUUCAGGAUAUUUUGUCUUUAAGUCUUCCAUGUGUUUAUCGUGUCGUUGCUAUUUGCCGAUAGCAAUAGUAUUUUGCACUGAAAAAAGUUACUUUUAUAGUUCAACGUUGGGCCGGUGCCCACUGGUGUUACAGAGCUUUCCUGUCGGGAUACCAAAGUUGUCAACUGAAGCAGCUUUAGAAUUUGUAAGUGUGUUUGUUAACUAAAUAUGAUUGUGAUUUCAGAGUGUUCCACCUUGUUGUUUAUGUACUUGGAUGAAUUCAAAACUGAUUUUGUAUUUGCCAUUGUCUAUUUAUAAUUAUGGUUCUAGGGCCUGGGGACAUGGCUUAAUGUAGAAUGCUGGCCUUGCAUGUAUGGGGCCCUGGGUUCAAUCCCUAGCAACACACAUGCUCAACGCACACGCACAUCCACACACCAGCAUUAAGUCUGUGAUUCUCAGGACCAAGCUAUAAGACUGUGUUAUAGAUCAGUGUUUAGUCAGCUCCAGGUUAUGUGCACCAAGAACCUGAAUAAAUCAAGCUGUUGUAUUAAUUUGUGUUCACAUAUCUCAUUCCAAUCAUGUUCUCCCCAAAUGUAAUGGCAGUGUUAAUAAGAACCCAUCAGACCUUUCUACAUACCAUCUCUGCAGACCCAUCAGCCAUGAGAACAUUCAUCUUGACUUGACAUGAAGUGGUAGUUUCCAUCAGGCAGGCAUUUCUAAGCACAUACAGCUGUGUGCACCUCCCUCUGGCAGAGUGAAAGUAACCCUAAUAUUUGUAAAAACUGCAAGGUGGCUACACGAAGAGACUCUUUCCCUAUUAAAGAAAAAAGUAAGGCCAUUGAAAAAAUAGUAGAGCUGUGAAUUACCCAAUCAGAACGAAAAGCCCUAAGAGAGUGGCCCUGAGUAAAUGGGAUGGCUGAAGAGCAGGCUUUUCCUUGAAUGGCUUCAUGUCUCCCUGUUGGUGAGCAUCCAGCUCGGCAGUCAGAAACCAUGGAUUUGCUCUACUGUACAGUGUGAUGUUUGCAUCUUACUAACAUUUGAGUCACUUGACGUAGACACUACUUUUAGUUUUUACAGUGGAUUAAACAAAUUGCCCCCAAAGGAUUUUAUUUUUAAAUUUUAGAGAUGUGACACCCCCCCCCCCAAAAAAAAAACAAUGUUGGUAACUGCACCUCCUCAGAAGUUUGCUGACUUUUGCUUUCAGGGCUUGGUAACAGAGCUGUACACUGUAUUUAUUAAAAUAUCGUUAGAGAAAACAGAGGCGCGCGAUAGGCAAGACUUUUGAUGGGUGUUAAGAUUGUUUGGAAAGAAUUGUAACAUUGGGAACUGUUAGGUGACUGGUGGCUGUUGUUCUCUGUGCAGAGUCCCAAGUGAGCAGCGGGAAUGGGGGGUGUUCUGUAGGAAAGGAGUGGGAGGAUCAUGUUGCCCAAGUCAUCAAGGAUAAACAUCGGAAGACUGCCUCCGGAAAGCAGAAAGCCGUUUCAUCCUCUUACCUCACUUCAAGCAGCACAGGACCUAAGCUUCCACAGACUACCUGGGACUUCAGUGACCGAGAACAGUUUCAUAGUAAAAUAUAUCUGAAGAUUUUGCAUUUAGACGGAAUAUACUUUAUAUAAAUAAGAAAGUCAUUUAAUUAAUUAAUUAGUUAUGGGACUUUUAUCAAUUUUUUUUGUGGGAGCAGAAGGUCUUCAAAUUGUUGUAAAAUUUAAAAUGUAGACAUAGCUCUUUUUAUUAAGUCUGUACGGAGAUGCCUGGCUUUGGAAUAAAGCUUUCUAUAUUUCAUUUAAA